AAAAUUAGUUAAAUAUUUUCUUUUUCCAAAAUCCAAACACUGAGCUGAAGGUGUUAAAUCUCCGCGAAACCCCCUUUCUCUCCUAUCUUCAUUGACACCAUACAAUGAGCCGUUACGACUCUCGUUCUACUGACCCUACUUCCUACCACGACCGUCGCAGCGAUUAUGGAUCUUCCACCGGCGGCGAUUAUGGUGGAGGUCGAAUUGGUGCUCCGGCACCGAGGAGAGAUUCGUCUCCUCAAAGAAAGUUGGAUUUGGACGGCUUAACGCCUUUUGAGAAGAAUUUCUACACCGAAUCCUCUUCUGUUGCUUCCAUGACUGACGAAGAUGUUGAAAACUAUCGCAAAGCGAGGGAGAUUACUGUCGAGGGUCGCGAUGUUCCGAAGCCAGUUAAAAGCUUCUCGGACGUUGGUUUUCCAGAGUAUGUCAUGGAAGAGAUUAAGAAGGCUGGCUUUGCUGAACCCACUGCUAUUCAAGCUCAAGGUUGGCCUAUGGCUCUGAAGGGUCGUGAUCUUAUUGGUCUUGCUGAAACAGGAUCAGGGAAAACACUUGCAUACUUGCUACCUGCUAUAGUCCAUGUCAAUGCUCAGCCCAUUUUAUCGCCAGGUGAUGGUCCAAUUGUAUUAGUUCUGGCUCCAACUAGGGAGCUUGCUGUACAAAUUCAACAAGAAGCCACAAAGUUUGGUGCUUCGUCAAGGAUCAAAAAUACCUGCAUAUAUGGCGGGGUACCUAAAGGACCUCAAGUCCGUGAUCUCCAGAAAGGCGUGGAGAUAGUGAUUGCAACACCUGGAAGGCUGAUUGAUAUGUUGGAAUCUCACCAUACAAAUUUGCGUAGGGUGACCUACCUUGUCUUGGAUGAGGCAGAUCGAAUGCUAGACAUGGGCUUUGAACCUCAGAUUCGUAAAAUUGUGUGUCAGAUCCGGCCAGACCGUCAAACACUACUAUGGAGUGCCACGUGGCCAAAGGAGGUUGAGCAACUUGCUAGGCAGUUUCUAUAUAAUUCGUACAAGGUGAUCAUUGGUUCUCAGGACUUGAAAGCUAACCAUGCAAUUCGUCAGAUUGUGGAUAUUGUUUCUGAAAAUCAGAAAUAUAAGAAACUGGUGGAUCUAUUGGAGGAUAUAAUGGAUGGAAGUCGAAUAUUGGUUUUUAUGGACACUAAAAAGGGAUGCGAUCAGAUAACUCGGCAGCUUCGCACAGAUGGUUGGCCAGCUCUUUCGAUUCACGGGGAUAAGAGCCAAGCAGAAAGGGAUUGGGUGUUGUCAGAGUUCAAAUCAGGCAAGAGUCCUAUCAUGACUGCUACGGAUGUUGCAGCUCGUGGUCUAGAUGUGAAAGACGUGAAAUAUGUGAUAAAUUAUGAUUUCCCUGGUUCACUUGAAGACUAUGUUCACCGCAUUGGUAGAACGGGAAGGGCUGGAGCCAAAGGAACAGCAUACACCUUCUUUACAGCUGCUAAUGCCCGAUUUGCAAAGGAGCUUAUUGCGAUUCUUGAGGAAGCUGGACAAAAGGUCAAUCCUGAGCUGGCUUCCAUGGGAAGAGGGGCUCCACCUCCAUUAGCUGGUGGAUACCCAGAACGAAGGAACCGCUAUAGUACGGGUCGCUCUUGGAGCUAAUAGAGAGAAAAUUAAACAUGACUGAACAUAUGCUGUUACUGUUGGGCUUGAAUUGACGUCUUUUUGAAUGUUAUGUAAUGGUAAUGGUAAUGGUAAUUGUAAUGCUGAUGGUAAUAGAGUUUUCUGACAGUGUCAUUGUAAAAAAUGUCCUCUCAUAUUACUUGGGCUACAAAGUUUCUAGGUGCAACAUGCCAUUUUAACGGCAAUAUUUUAUAAGUCGGUGUUUUCUCUGUUUAGUUUUGUUUGACAAUCACUUAAGAGGAAUAAUUAAUCCACAAAUUCUAAGAUGAUUUUAC